CACAGCAGGUCAAAGGUCAGUGUCUUUUCAUGGAUGUAGGAUAUGAGGGCUGAGCUUACCUGCCUUCACUCGCCUGGACGCCGAGUGAUCAGCUGCUGCCAUGAAACUGAAGCUGCUCCUGCUUUGCCUCUUUUUAGUGGCACUCAUCAGCCAAGCUGAGCCAAAGAAAAAGGACAAACAUAAUCAUGGCGACGAGGAAGGACAUGGCCAACAUGGCCAUCACGGUCAUCAGGGUCAUCACGGCAGACAUGGCAACAACUCCAGACACGGGAUGAAGAAAAUUAAGAAAAUGAAGUAUGAGGACAUCAUUAAAGACGUCUUUUUUGCGGCGGAGAACACUGGCGAUGAUGAAGAUGAUGAUGACCAAGGUAAUCAGGACUGGCUGUUUGAACUCCAAGAUCCAGACGGCCAGUGCAACCCAAACCCUUGUUUGAAUGAAGGAGUGUGCAAAGAAAAAGGCAAAAGGAAUUAUAAAUGUGAUUGUCCCAGCCCUUUCAAGGGAAAGAGAUGUGAGAAAGGACCAAGGGUUUGUAGAAGAGGUAGAUGUGGAAACGGCGAGUGUGUGCUGACUUCAUCGCCCCCGUUUUAUGAGUGCAAGUGCAAAGAGCCCUUCAAGCCUCCAAACUGCAGACGCCUCUCGGUUUGUGAGCCAAACCCAUGCAGCAACGGUGGCAAGUGCAUCAAGGAUGGAAACAACUUUGACUGUGUUUGUACCGAGGGGUUCAGUGGACGUUUCUGCAAAGUUGGCCCAGAUGACUGCUACUUGGAUGAUGGGGAGUCCUAUCGUGGGAAUGUGAGUGAGACAGACGAUGGUGAUGACUGCCUGCACUGGAACUCCCACUUCAUCCUGGCCCACGGCGUGAAUCCCUUCAAAUCCUUUGAGGACCAAGAUGGACUUGGACCUCAUAACUUCUGCAGAAACCCAGAUGGAGAGCCAAAGCCGUGGUGUUUCUUCAGAAGAGGUCGCAGACUUUUGUGGGACUACUGUGACGUGAUGCGAUGUAUUAAACCAACAACUGACAGACCGACUGGUGUUCCUCCAAGUCCACAACCCACAUCUGCUAAUCCUCCGUCUACCACCAAGCCUCCAGAACCUACUGCUCAACCUUCUGCCGGUCCAGUAUCCCCAACUGAAACCGCAGCAUCACAGUUUCGCACCUGUGGUGUGCCUCAACCUAAAAAAGCAAUAACGCGAAUCUUUGGGGGUCUCAAAGUCUCACCGGGGGCAAUUCCCUGGCAGGUUUCUUUGCAACAAAAGCCAAAGAACUCAAACCUUCCAUACAGACACGUCUGUGGUGGAGUCCUCAUUAAAAGCUGCUGGGUUCUGACAGCAGGCCAUUGCAUUGAUAAAAGCAAAGACAUGCAGGUGCUCAUGGGAAGUCUCUCAUUGGAUAAACCAGAUGCUUCCACUCAAAUCCUUCCAGUUGAAAAGGCCAUUGUGCACGAGAACUACAGGGAGACCACUGGAGCAGUUUACAAUGACAUUGCUCUGUUGAGGUUGAGAGGGACUGAGGGAUUUUGUGCCAAUGAGACCCAGUUUGUGAAGACAGCCUGUCUACCAGACGCACAACUUCCAGACGGGAUGGAGUGUACCAUUUCUGGAUGGGGAGCUACUGAACAAUCUGACUACGGCUCCAGUCACCUGUUGGAGGCUAACGUUCUUCUGAUCAACCAGGAAAAAUGCUCUGAGCCUGCCAUCUAUGGCAGCAACCUCGACAACACUAUGCUCUGUGCUGGUCACCUGCAGGGAGGGGUGGACUCCUGCCAGGGUGACUCUGGAGGACCCUUGACGUGCAAAGAGAACAACAGCAGUGUCAUCUAUGGUCUGGUGAGCUGGGGAGACCAGUGUGGAAAGCAGAACAGGCCCGGGGUCUACACACGAGUUACUCAAUUUUUGGACUGGAUCAAGUCGAAAAUUCAAGCCAAUCCUUGAGCAAAGCUUUUAUUUCUCAUCAUGGUUGGAUGUGGAAGUCUCAGGAGAAAGAUGACGACCGAUUUAGUUAUUAAGCAAUUUUACAGUUUGAGUCUGAGAUAUUUUUGUUAAAGAUCUAAAUCUAUCAGUGGAACAUUGUUGCUGUUGUUGUACAAUUCAUCAGCUUGUACCUAUAAAUGCUUCAUAAAUGUAUAUUGUAAAUGUACAAAAAACACGAUUUAUGCAAGAUCAAUGCAGAUAUGAGGAAGGAAAUGACUCAAUAAAAAUACUACCCUUA